GGCCCGCUAGGCGGCUGCGCCGAGGGAGCGACGGGGCGGCGGUGGUGUGGGUGAGGUGCGAGGCGAAGCGCACAGCGCACAGCGCGCAGCUCUGGAGGAGCGGAUGUUAGGUCAGAGUACAGCAGAAAAUGUCCACCGAAAGAACUUCAUGGACAAACCUGUCCACAAUUCAGAAAAUAGCCCUGGGCCUUGGAAUUCCAGCAAGUGCAACAGUUGCCUACAUCCUAUAUCGUCGAUACAGGGAAAGUAGAGAAGAGAGAUUGACAUUUGUUGGAGAAGAUGACAUUGAGAUAGAGAUGCGAGUUCCCCAGGAGGCUGUGAAGCUCAUUAUUGGUCGACAAGGAGCCAAUAUUAAACAGUUGCGGAAACAGACAGGCGCUCGGAUUGAUGUGGACACAGAGGAUGUAGGUGAUGAGCGAGUGCUGCUUAUCAGUGGUUUUCCUGUUCAGGUGUGCAAAGCCAAAGCAGCAAUCCAUCAGAUCCUGACAGAGAACACCCCAGUGUUUGAGCAGCUCUCAGUCCCGCAGAGAUCUGUGGGCAGAAUCAUAGGGAGAGGCGGUGAGACGAUUCGUUCUAUCUGUAAGGCUUCUGGAGCCAAAAUCACUUGCGACAAAGAAUCAGAGGGAACGUUACUACUCUCACGACUUAUAAAAAUCUCAGGAACACAGAAGGAAGUGGCAGCAGCUAAGCAUCUGAUACUGGAGAAAGUUUCAGAAGAUGAAGAACUUCGCAAGAGAAUUGCCCAUUCUGCAGAAACCAGAGUCCCACGAAAGCAGCCAAUUAGUGUGAGAAGAGAGGAAGUGACAGAGCCUGGUGGAGCUGGAGAAGCAGCUUUAUGGAAAAAUGCCAGUUCUAGCAUGGGACCAGCUACACCCCUGGAAGUUCCUCUCCGCAAAGGAAGUGGUGAUAUGGUUGUUAUAGGACCAAAAGAAGGUUCCUGGGAGAAACCUAAUGAUGACAGCUUUCAGAAUUCUGGUGCCCAGAGCAGUCCAGAGACGUCCAUGUUUGAAAUUCCCAGUCCUGACUUCAGUUUCCAUGCUGAUGAGUACCUAGAAGUCUACGUUUCUGCUUCUGAACACCCUAACCACUUCUGGAUCCAAAUCAUUGGUUCCCGCAGCCUACAAUUGGAUAAACUUGUCAGCGAGAUGACCCAGCACUAUGAGAAUAGUCUGCCUGAAAACUUGACUGUGCAUGUAGGAGACAUUGUAGCAGCACCUUUAUCUACAAAUGGAUCCUGGUAUCGAGCCCGGGUUCUUGGAACCUUGGAAGAUGGAAACUUGGACCUCUACUUUGUUGACUUUGGCGACAAUGGAGACUGUCCACUAAAGGAUCUCAGGGCUCUCAGGAGUGACUUUCUAAGCCUCCCAUUUCAAGCAAUAGAAUGCAGUCUGGCACGGAUUGCCCCUUCAGGUGAAGAAUGGGAAGAGGAGGCUCUAGAUGAGUUUGACAGACUCACUCACUGUGCUGACUGGAAGCCUCUGGUGGCCAAGAUUUCUAGCUAUGUCCAGACUGGAAUCUCAACUUGGCCAAAGAUCUAUUUAUAUGAUACCAGCAAUGGGAAGAAACUUGAUAUUGGGCUAGAACUAGUUCGUAAAGGAUAUGCAGUUGAACUUCCCGAAGACAUGGAAGAAAACAGAACUGUCCCAGAUAUGUUGAAGGACAUGGCCACAGAACCAGAUGAUUCUCUUGCAAGCAUACUCACUGAAACAAAAAAGAGCCCUGAAGAGAUACCACAUACCCUAUCCUGCCUCAGCUUGUCAGAAGCUGCCUCAAUGUCUGGUGAUGAUAACCUUGAAGACGACUUAUUCUGAAUUCUGGCCUUCAGCUGCUGGAUCAGCCAUCCACUUUGCUGUGGUGUGGUGCCAGGAGAGAGGAGUCUAUGAUAGAGAGACCCAUGAAGUCCCUUACUUCACGUGGUGUGGCUUGCUGUGGAUCAAAUCCAUUUUCUGUUUCAUUGAUCUACCAGAAAGUGACAGAUGGUGACGGAGACAGAUUUCUCCACUUCACUCCUCUGGUCUCUCCCUUAUUUUUCAAUGUUUGAAUGCUGCUGUGUAAUCAGGUUCAGUUCCCUCUGCCAGUAAUAAUUUGCAUUACUGCUGGGCUAUGUUCUUUUUGAGGCUGGGAAACAGCCAAGGUUUGGGCAUUGGAAGUGAUGAUUCUGAAUAUUUCUAACACCUUAUCGGGUGGCUGUAGUUAUAGGAGGUAUUUGGUGGACUCAGAAGACUGCAGUUGUCAGGAGAUAAGGCAAAAAUCAGCAUAAAUGUAUUUAAAAGCCUCAUAAAAGGGGAAAAGAGUACUACCUCUCACCCUCAGUUGCCGAGGUUAUUGGAAAUAGGUGUUUUGAAACAGUCCUCCAGCUAUUUCUUUGUGUGCUUUAGUUAAAAUACAACUAGAAGGGAGAAGCAACUCAGGAAAUGUUGUAAACUGCAAAUAUGUCUAUGUAUACACACGACUAGAGAGAGAAGGAAUGUAUAGUUCUGCUUAAAUAAUUUGGGGGAAUUGUUUGCGAAAUAAAGUUCUCAAAAAUUAUUUAAAACCACAUACUCAGUCACAACUUGGAAGUAGGCCUGUGGGUAAAGUCUCUUCUGAGUAAGCCUUGGUAGUAAUUGCCAGCACCUCACAUACGGAGCUGUCUUGGUUUUGCUUUGUUUUGUUCUGUUUGUUCUGUUCUGUUUUGUUUUUCAAGUCAGGGUCUCUCUGUAUAGCCCUGGCUGUCCUGGAACUCACUCUGUAGACCAGGCUGGCCUUGAACUCAGAAAUCCACCUGCCUCUGCCUCCCAAGUGCUGGGAUUAAAGGCAUGUGCCACCACUGCCAGGCUUCAGAGGCAUCUUGAAAUAAAUGUCCUUUCCAUACAAGUA